UGAAAGAAUUGGCUAAAACGCACCCCGCCUAAAUAAAUACUGAAAAUUCCUUCCGGAAACACAACACUUCCUAGACUAUUUUCUUCCCAAUAUCGAAUCAACAAACAAUGUUUUCAAUUGCAGCUAUUAACGACGAUAAAGAUUCUAAAGAUGAAUGGGAACCCCCUCUUGCCCCUACCAAAGAAGCUCAGGAGUUUCGUCUUUCACAAAUAUAUCAAGAAGGACUAUUGAAGUUACAAGCUAAGGAGUAUGAAAACGCUCGCGAGCUUUUAGAAAGCGUGUUGAAAGAUCCUCUUCUUCCUAACGGCCAGGUUGAUGACGGUGGUAGUGAUGGUCAUUUAUUGCAACUCAGAUUCUUAACGCUGAAGAAUCUUGCCACUGUAUUUCUUCAACAAGGUCCCACGCACUAUGAGAGUGCGUUACAGUGCUACCUUCAAGCUGUAGAUAUUGAUUCUAAAGAUUCGGUUGUGUGGAAUCAGCUGGGGACGUUGUCUUGCUCAAUGGGCUUGUUGACCAUCUCUCGCUGGGCAUUUGAGCAGGGGCUGUUAUGUAGCCCCAACAACUGGAAUUGUAUGGAGAAAUUGUUGGAAGUUCUUAUUGCUAUUGGUGACGAGGUUGCAUGUCUUUCGGUUGCUGAGUUAAUUCUUAGGCAUUGGCCUUCACAUUCUCGUGCAUUACAUGUCAAACAAGUUAUUGAAGAGUCUAAACCAAUUCCAUUUGCUCCAAGAGGUAUAGACAAACUGGAGCCACAUCAUGUCCGGCUGAAAUUUCUGGAUAAGAGAAAAACCACAAAUCAUGACCUAGAUGAAGGUAGUGCAGCAAAAAGGUUAAAUCAGAAUAUGAUGGUGCAUCUUCCAGAAGCUUCUUGGACAGCAUUAGCCGGUGAGCUCUUGGGGAUCUUGACGCCGCUGAAUGAAUGUGACCCUAAAAAGGGGGCUCAGGAACCGUACAGAUCUGCCGACAUUAGAUUAAUUAUACAUAUGCCUUCUAGUUCAGAUAGUGUUUCCUAUGAAAGGAAACUAAAUAAUGAGAAGGAAAGUGAGGCUAUUGAGCAUGCUAACACAGCGACCAAUAUGUAUGAAGAACCACAGUUAGAGAGACGAAGCAGUCGACUUAAGAGUCGGAAACCUGAUAAGGAAGAAUCUGAUUUUACAGUCAAUAAAGAUGUUAAACUUGUUCCGCAAUUUCUGGAACAGUUUAUCAUGGUCAAAUCAGGAAUUACAAAUUGCUCCGAGGUUAUGACAAAUAUCCAAAAUAAUGAGUCAAUUGACGUAGGUAGGUUUGUGUGUGAAACAUCAAAUAAUCAUGGUGCGUAUCAUUUAUGCCACUUGCUCAUAAAAGAGAUUGCAUGCAGAGAAGUUUUGUAUCAGGAUGCAUUUGUAAAGUUUUUAGAGUUAGAUAUAAUGACAAGAAGUCUAAGAGAAACUAGGACCCCUGAAUGCAGCCUAUUUCUUGCUGAGCUGUCUUAUGACUUUGGGAUUCAAUCAACAGAAUCAUCAACAUUGACGGAUUUGAUGUCAAAUGCAUCUUAUCAUCUUUGUAAAGUCAUCGAAUCUGUAGCUUUAGAUUACCCAACUGAUGCCUCUUCCAUUGGUUCCAUGUUAGACAGUAAACGAGCCUUUUGGGUCCGGUUUUACUGGCUAAGUGGAAAAUUGUCAAUUUUUAAUGACGACAAGGAAAAGGCUCGGAAGGAGUUUGGUGUUUCAUUGGCACUAUUCACAGUCAAGGAACAGGGUUUGAACGGCCUUGGUUUCAUUCGUCUGCCACACUUGAAAGUAAUGAAGGAGCUGACUGUUGAAUCGGUCCUGUAUGAAAUUAACCUAUUAGAGAUUGAUUUUUUGAUGAAAAAUACCUUAAGUGGCAUGAUUGAGAAAGAAAUGCACUCAGAAUGCAUUGACUUGCUUGCUCCUCUUCUGUUUUGCAUGAAAGAUGAUGACGUUGCUGUUUCAUCUAAUCUUUAUAAAAUUAAUGAGGGUGUUACUUCAGCUGAAUUAUCUGCACUGAAUAUUCUAAUCAAAGCAUGUGAAAGAUCAAAACCAGUGGAUGCCAAUGUUUAUAUUAGAUGCCACAGACAGAAACUCCGACUUCUCAUGGCUGCAACCGGCGUGGAAGAGUGUUUUGGUUCCAAGAAAUCAUCCGAUAUAUCCAAUUCCGACAGUCGAGCAGCUUCUGAAUUUGGAUUAAGUGAAAACUCGAGCACAGGGUUGCAUCCUCUUUUAUCUGAAGAAGUGAAGGCAAUUUCUCAAUGUACUCUUCAGCUGAAGAACUCAGUCGGUCCUUGUGGAAGUACUAAUGGGUCUGUUGUUCCUCUGAGAAUCGUUGGUGAUAUGCAGUCUUUGCUGUUAGCAGUAAUGAACCAUAUAACUAGCAUAUGCUUCUCUAAGAAAUCAUUAGGAGAUGACGAUCUGGAUGAUAGCGAAAGAAAGCAAAAGUGCUGUUUUGUAGAUGCAGCGAUUGCAUUUUUCAGACUUCAACAUUUCAAUCCAGAUAUUUCUGUUAAAACUCAAAUUGAAUUGAUAAUUGCAAUCCACGACAUGCUUGCGGAAUAUGGAAUCUGCUGUUCUAGUGGUGAUGGAGAAGAAGAAGGAACCUUUCUUAAACUUGCCAUCAAGCAUCUUUUGUAUUUAGAUAUGAAGAUUAAGUCAACUAUAAACACACAAUCUGAUGACCAAGUUUCCCAAGAACGUUUUACUAAAACAUCUGGGAGUGAUCUAAAUCAAUCAGAAUUCGGUAAACAUGAUGAGCCAAUAGAUGCAAGUGACAUGGGUCAUAGCUCAAAUGGUAUGUUAUCUGAAGGAGAAGAGACAAACAUACAAUUUCUUGAAUCUGGAAAACAACUAACUGAAGAGGAAAAAGAGGAUCUUGAGAUUGAAAUAGAUUCUGCUUUAGAUCAAUGUUUUUUUUGUUUGUAUGGCUUACAUCUUAGAUCUGAUUCAUCAUAUGAAGAUGAUCUAGUCAUGCACAAAAAUACAAGUCGUGGAGAUUAUCAAACAAAGGAACAAUGUGCAGAUGUUUUCCAGUAUAUUCUCCCAUAUGCUAAGGCUUCAUCGAAAACGGGAUUGGUUAAGCUGCGAAGAGUGUUAAGAGCCAUACGCAAACAUUUUCCGCAACCACCCGAUAAUGUGGUGGAUGGAAAUGCAAUAGAUAAAUUCAUUGAUGACCCGGGUUUAUGUGAAGAUAAGCUGUCAGAAGAGGCCGGAUCUGAUGGAUUUCGGGAUUCCAUCAUGAAGUUUAUCUAUCAAGAGGGUUCAGUUGUUGAGCAGCAGCCAACAACUGUAGAGAGUUCUGAACCAUAUAUGGAUGUAUAUCGCAACUUGUACUAUCUCCUAGCACAGACGGAGGAAAUGAGUGCAACCGACAAGUGGGCAGGUUUUGUGCUCACUAAAGAAGGCGAAGAGUUUGUACAACAAACUGCAAAACUCUUUAAAUAUGAUUUACUGUUUAACCCUCUGCGUUUUGAGAGCUGGCAACGCCUUGCUACCAUUUAUGAUGAGGAAGUGGACUUGUUGCUGAAUGAUGGCAGUAAGCAGAUUAAUGUUACAGGCUGGAGGAAGAAUACAACUUUUGCUCAGAGAGUUGAUACAAGUCGAAGGAGGAGUAGGAGGUGUUUCUUGAUGACUUUGGCUUUGGCAAAAACAGCUAACCAGCAGGGGGAGAUUCAUGAUUUAUUGGCACUGGUGUAUUAUGAUGGCCUUCAGAAUGUGGUGCCCAUAUAUGAUCAGAGAUUGAAUUUGCCUGUAAAAGAUGCUGAGUGGACAAUGUUCUGUCAGAAUUCAAUGAAGCAUUUUGAGAAGGCCUUUGCUCAGAAGGAAGACUGGUCUUAUGUGUAUUACUUGGGAAAACUUGGUGAAAAGCUUAAACACUCACGUGAGACAUCAUUUGCUUACUAUGACAAGGCGAUUGCUUUGAAUCCAUCAGCUGUAGAUCCGUUCUAUAGAAUGCAUGCUUCAAGAUUGAAGUUACUCUGGUCUUGUGGGCGACAUGAUACGGGAGCCUUAAAGGUUGCUGCAAUGUAUUCUCUUAGCCAAUCAACGAAGGAUACUGUUAUGGAUAUUCUUGAUAAAAGCAAUCUUUAUAACCCAAACAUCAUAACAGAUGAUCGGAACAUAAACCACUCACAGAGUGAUUUAGGAGAUGCAUGGCAUAUGCUUUACAAUGAUUGUAUUUCCGCACUGCAAAGUUGUGUGGAAGGGGACCUCAAACAUUUUCACAAAGCUCGUUAUAUGCUUGCUCAAGGGCUAUACAGAAAGGGUGAGAGUGGGGAUUUAGAGAAGGCGAAGGAUGAACUUUCAUUUUGCUUUAAGUCAUCCCGGUCUUCUUUCACUAUUAACAUGUGGGAGAUUGAUAGUACGGUUAAAAAGGGAAGGCGCAAAACACCUGCCAUGGCUGGCAAUAGAAAAUCCCUUGAAGUUAAUUUAGCAGAAAGUUCUCGUAAAUUUAUAACUUGCAUUAGGAAGUAUCUUUUAUUCUAUAUGAAGCUUUUGGAAGAAACGGGCGAUGUAUCAACCCUUGAGCGAGCUUAUAUUUCUAUCCGGGCAGAUAAACGGUUCUCUCUGUGCCUUGAAGAUCUUGUUCCUACAGCUCUUGGGAGGUACAUCAAGGCCCUAGUGUCUUCCAUCAAUCAAAUCGAGGUUGACACAAGUACCGAUAACAUUGCUUUGGAGCUUCUUCUAGAAAAAAUGUUCUCUUUGUACAUGGAACAAAUGAAUUUGUGGUCAGAUAUCUGCAAUUUGCCUGAGAUCAAGUGUCCGGAGUUAUCUGAAAGCAGCUUAUUUGGGUAUCUUUUCAAGUAUAUCCAAAUGUUAGAGGCGAAUCGUAGGUUAGAAGCUCUUGAGGGUAUAAACGAGAAGAUGAGGAAACGCUUGAAGAACCCCAAGUUGUCAAAUAGCAACUGUGCUAAAGUUCACAAGCAUAUUUCUAUGGCUUGGUUCCGAUGUCUCGUGAUCAACUUGGCUUCAUUAACACCACUUGAUUCCCGACUUUCACCAGAAGCCCCAUUGUUAGAGGGGCGUUCGGAAAACAACCAAGUACUUUGUAUUAAUCUACAUACAGAAGAAUUUUGGCAAUCAUCAUUUGAGGAUGCGAGCCAUUUGAAAGUUAUGGAAACGAAAUGGAACUCAUUGCUGUCAAAGAUUAAGGAUGUUGUAAUCAGGAGAACACCAGAAGAAAAUUUGGAAGCUGCCACUAUGCUGCUUAGAUCCUCUUAUAAUUUCUUCAAGGAUUCAUCUUGUGUAUCACUCCCAUCUUGCUUACAUCUAUAUGUUGUGCCGUGCCAGUUAUCAACAGAUGGACAUAUUCAGUCAAAUGUGCAUUCAGUAGACAUUCUUGAGACAAAUACUUCAAAGAAGCUUCUGUUAUGGGCUUACACAUUGUUGCAUGGACGCUGCAUCACAAAUGUAUCUGUGGUUAUUAAGUACUGUGAAGAGAAUGCAAAGUCGAAAGUGAAGAAGGGUAGUGGAAGUUCAUCUACUCCUCCCACCAUGCAUGCUGUUAUACCUUGUCAGACAGGUGUAGGUAAGGAUGUGGUUGGCAUUUCCACUGGAAAGGAGACUACUCCAUCGACUAGUCCAAUUAAUUUGGACCCUACUUUAACCAAAUCUAAAUAUUCAGAAAAUUUGGCUUCCAAGCCUGACAUAAAAACCAAGUGUGACGGGGGACUUGCUUCUUUGCAAGGACCAGAGACGGUGACCCCUGCUACAUCAGUUGCUUGCAAGCCAAAUGAGGAUUCUGCUGGUGAAGAUCGCAAAAUUCUAUCAGUAGUUCCACCUUUGCUUCAUUGUAACACCGGUGAUUCAGCAAUAAACAGUUUAGAUGAGACACAAGCAGCUGAGGGAGCAGAUUGUACAAAAGUUGAUGUGUGUGCAAGUAACAAAGAGAAUUAAUUGCAUUUUUCUGUAUCAUUUGUUGUAUGAGAAUUGAGAAGUAUACGCUUAGAAGAAAAGAGUGAUAGGGUGUUAGAAAAAUGUAUAUUUACAUAGCAGUGUGUUCUUUGAAUGCUAGGAAGCAAACGUCUGGUCUGAUUUUGGUUCAAGUAAAACAGGUUGUUUUGUUACAUUUUCAGUAUAGAAUGAAAUCAUUUUCAUUUGUAACAA